CCAUCCAUCCUACGAAUUCUUUCCCUCCAAAAGCCUCUCUCGUCUCUGUUUGGCUCUCUUUCUGUUAAUCAAUUUCGCAGUGAAUUCAGUUGAAUCGGACUAAUCGAAGACACGAGGAAGGAAAUGGAGGACUACUUACAGUACAUCAAGACCUUGCGAUCUCAAAUGAACGAUAUGGAAGAUCAGGUGACGAAGAUCUCUGUCGAAGAGCAAACGCAACUGACCACCAUUCAAACCUUCGGAAGCGACCUCAAUUCUGUAAGAUCUGAAACAAAGCAACUCAAAGAUGACGUUGAGCGGAUAACGAUGGCAAAAGGUCAGGUUUGCUCACAGAUAUUGGAAAAGCAGAGAAAAUUGGCUUCCCUGGAGUCUGACGCAUCUACCCUUGCCCAGACUUUGGAGCUCAUUCAACAAGAAAGAAUAGCCUUAUCUGCCAAGCUUACGGAGAUGAGUGCUUACUACAUGAAGGUGGCAGAGCUUAUGAAUGGCAAAUUACAGGAGCAACAGGACUGGAUCAAUUCUCACAAGGCUACCAAAGAACUAGAAAAGCAUGGAAUGGAAAUGGAUGCAAAUGAUGAGCAAACAGCUGAAACAGGAGGACUUCUCUUUGCAGGGAAUUCUAGCCUUGAUAUAAAGAAUCUGGAGAACGACCCAAGGAAGGAUCUAAUGGCCAAGUUGGACUCUGCUAAAGCCAAGUUUGAAGAGAUUUCAAAAAUUAAAUCCAAACUUGUGAUGGAGAACACAGAGAUGAAGCAGGUACUUGAGAAAGUGAAGUGCAGAGAAAAUGAUUUCAAGCCUGAACUAAGGACGAUGGAGAUAGAGAACUUGGAAAAGGAAUACAAUGCCCUUUUAUCAGAUAAAGCUAGAGAAACUGACUACUUCCAGUCUCUACAAAGCCAAUUUGAGAAACUGAAGGGAAUCUCUCACGUGGUUAAGUGUGCUUGCGGAGAGGAAUAUCAAGUGGGACUAGACCUUUGUGCACGACAAAAUGAAACACAUGCAUGAAACUCGGGCAAUACAGAAGUCUGGUGAAUAAAAUUAGCAAGACUAGAAUGUUACGUGCUGUUGGUAAAUCUGCAGAAAACUGGAACCGAUAACCAUACUAAUAUACAAGAUGAGUAUGAUGUCAAUACUGAAAUACCUCUGAUUUGUCUCUUUCUUUCUUUGUCAUAUCUGAGAAGAUGUAGUCUCCCUUAUAAAGUGAUA